AUGGACGACGCUGCUGGAUCUGGAGAACGACCAUCGUAUGCAGAUGGCGGCGUCAAGAAGCCCCACCGUUUCCGCCCCGGCACCGUCGCGCUCCGUGAGAUCCGCAAGUACCAGAAGAGCACGGAGCUGCUCAUCCGCAAGCUCCCCUUCCAGCGCCUCGUCCGGGAGAUCGCCCAGGACUUCAAGACCGACCUCCGCUUCCAGUCCUCCGCCGUCUCCGCGCUCCAGGAGGCCGCCGAGGCGUACCUCGUCGGGCUCUUCGAGGACACCAACCUGUGCGCCAUCCACGCCAAGCGCGUCACCAUCAUGCCCAAGGACAUCCAGCUCGCCCGCCGCAUCCGCGGGGAGCGCGCCUAGGUUUGGGGUCGCUGCUGUCUAGUAGCUGUUCUUGUCUUAUGAUCUGAAUGUGUUCAGAGCGCUUCUGUUUGUUGGUGUUGAUAUGAUGUACCGUGAUGCUUGAAUGAAAUUGCAAUGGAAAAGUUCAGUU